AUGUUCAAGCUAAAUUCUCAAACUAAAGACAUAUUCAACAUCAAUGAUUUUAGAAACACUGAUAAUCCUAAAGAUAUUAACAGUCCUGAAGACACUAAUGAUUCUGAAAACACUACUGAUUCUGAAGAUCCUGGUAUUGUUAUUAGGCCAAUUACUUCUGGCACUAUUCAGGAUGAAAUACAAGCUACUUUUGAGUGGAUCUUACAGUCUUUAAAAACUUUGAACAAUAACAUUACUUCACAAACAAUCUUUACAAAUAGUGAUCCUAAGAUGGCAGUUGCAAUUCAUAAAAGUAUUGAAAAGCAAAUUGAUAAUAAAGCCAAACAUCAAAAUGAAUUAGAAUACCAAAAUCAGCUUCUAUCUAUUG